UUUCGGGGAAAUGUUUUUCAAAAUUACAUUCACGUGCGUGACGUCACAGGGGAGCCCCUAGCCUCCGACCAAUUGGCUGAGCUCUAUUUUUACAACAAGACACAAAUAGCGCGUCGUAGUCUCGCAUUUGCACACAUUCGUGAACCAAGACUGACACGAAUGUCUAGCAACUACUCGCGCUCCUACUCACGGGAACACUAUCCUCUAAGUCAGCGCUCAAGUCGCAAGUCAUCAUCAAAUAAAUAUUUAAGAAGAGGAAGAAUGGACGACCCAAGAGAUAGAGGCGAUGAACGGAUGGAUUAUCAGCCCUCAGACUCUUCAGGGAGUUCCUCUUCGUCGAGAUCACACCAAUCGCCCACCUAUCAGGGCAGCAAUCCACCAUGGGCCACCAACCAAGAUCCUUAUCAUGGGGCACUGGAGGACGAACGUGCGGCCAUGGAGAGAAGACGUUAUGAGGACCAGAAGCGGCAUCAAGCUCAAGAACAGAGAUUCCGAUCACAGCAAGCGAGCACGCAAAUGUUGUACAAUGUGUACGAGCACACAGUGGGGAUGAUCGAGGAGUUGGAAAAACACGAUGAGGUGCCCACGGAGAACUCUGGUCUGAUGAGCCAUAUCUUUCCACAGGGCUACAAAAAGCCCAAACAUGAUCUAACAGCAGUUAUCGAGGCCGAGCUCACUUGUCUGAGGGCCCAAAUGAAGUUUGCACCCCCAGAGGUGAUACAACAGACAAAAGAUGAGCUGCUCAACAGAACUCUACGCUGGUCUGCCAAACGCGAAGGUCUGCCUAUCGGUCUGGUGGACAAGUACGCGAAGAACGUCGCUCAGCUUCUUACUGAGGGUUCGAUGACGCUUCCACCAAGAGAGAAGGGACCCAAAACUGAACUGUCCGAGCGCGACGUUCAAGAUGCGCUCUACAGAUACGGCGCAGCAAGGCACGAGGGAGACCUUCAGGAUAAGCAGUUUCAUGAUAACCCAAACAAGAAGGCUGCCUUGCGAGCUAUGAGGCUUGGAAAGCACACCUAUAUCGGUGCGCGUCGACUGCUUGAGGUGGAUCGCAGCGACAGGGCAUUCAAGGAGGCUCUGAUGAAACAUGGGUUUGACACCGAAAGCCUCAAGUAAUACUGUUGUCAUAGCAACACAGACAUGACGUCAUAUUGAUCUGCUAUUAACACUAAGAUGUCAGGUUACUAUGGUUACUAUGCUUUGCAUAUCGGCUAGUGAUAGCACGUUUUGUUGUUGUUGUUGUCAUUGUUGUUUGAACGUUUCUAUGCACUAGAGCGUAGUUGAAAGACGUGAUGAUAAAACGAAACAUAAUUAUUACAUCAAUUAUAAAUCAUUGCAUUAUUUGAUAUUUGAUAGUAGAUAUUUUUGCUCGGUAGGUGAUGUUUUCUGUAGUGGGGAAAAAAAUGAUCAGUCUGUCCGAUUUGCAAUAAAAAGGAAAACAAGACGUGU